AUGACUUCCAACAGGCAUUGGCCAAAUCUCUUCAAAUCGAAGCCCUCAACUUCUCAACAUCAAUGGCAUCAUAUGACCACCUCUUCAAACAUCUCCGGCCCAAACUUGUCCUCCAAUGAAGGAUCAUCGUCACGGGAGGAAGAGAGAGAGAGGGAGAAGGAGAAGGAGAAAGAGAGGAACCCAGACCCAAAACUCGGAUGGAAUCCUAAGCCAGAACAGAUUCGAAUUCUGGAGAGCAUAUUCAAUUCUGGUAUGGUGAAUCCUACGAGAGAAGAGAGACAGAAGAUCAGGAUGCAACUUGAAGAAUAUGGCCAAGUGGGAGAUGCCAGUGUUUUCUACUGGUUUCACAACAGAAAAUCCCGAACCAAGCAAAAACAACGCCAUCUUCAGGCUUCUGCUGAAAAAUCCUCUAAAUCCUCUGCCACUGGGCAAAGCUGUUUUGACCAAUAUGGUGUUACCCUUCCCAAUAACAAUACAAGCUCUUUCAUUGGAGAACUGCCUUCCUCUCUGCUGCCUUGUUCUGCAUCAUUUCCAAUGCAGUACUUGGGUUAUCAGCACACUGAGGGAAUUAAUACUGCGCAAUACCUCAACAUGGAAGUAGCACAAAUGUGGAAUGAAGGUACAUCAUGUACUGGCAAUAUUCAUGGAAUGUCCAAUAUACCUCAGAAUCAACAGGCCUAUUCUUCAUUUCUACACAAUGAAGGACAAGCUUAUCCUCCAUAUGUGGAUCACCAUGCAGCAGCUGAGACCUUUAAACCCCACCAAAAUCUCUUAUCACCGCCUCUGAAUGACAGCACUAUUAUUCAUUCAGGCGCCGAAUCAAGAGUGAGCAGCUCGAAUGCUUCUUCAUUCACCGUUUUUAUCAAUUAUAUUCCAAUCGAUGUUCCAAUAGGUUCUAUCAAUUUGAAGGCCCUCUUCGGUCCAAAUGCUGUUCUGUUUCAUUCCUACGGCUAA